AUGAAUUCUUUCAAUGUUGAUCAAAUUUCUUCAUGCUCAUCUGAUAUUGAUAUUUGUAAUACAAGUCCAAAUUGUUCAUUUCGAAAAGUAAUUCAAGUAACGACAAGUACACCACAUCAAACAUACAAACCACGAUUUGAUUUUCGUUCAAUCGAAUCAUUAGCAAUAUCUUCAUUAAAUACAUCUUCCGUAACACUUAAUUCUUCUCCUUUUCCUAUUCAAAGACAUGAUGAUACUGGUUAUAGUUCAUUAAAUUCUUCUAUGUCGAUUCUUAGUAACAAUAAUAAAGAAAAUAUUGAUCAAGUAUCAACAGUAACCGUUAAUGAUCGAAAACCACGACGAAAAUUAACUGAUUGGCAAAUAUGGCAUUUACGUCAAGCAUAUGCAAAUAAUCGAUAUCCAACACCUUAUGAUCAAGAACAACUCGCUAUACAACUCGUUUUACCAUUAUCAUCAAUAAGAAUUUGGUUUCAAAACUAUCGUGCACGAUCUGGAAAAAAAUAA